AUGGUAAAGGAAAUAGACAAGUUAUGUCUUAUGCAAUCAUGCCAUCCCUCUGCUUCUUCAUUCAAUGAAAUCCCAGUUAUAGAUCUCUCCAGCCCUGAUGCAAAAGACUUAAUUGUGAAGGCUUGUGAAAACUAUGGGUUCUUCAAGCUCAUUAACCAUGGAAUGUCAAUGGAGAAUGUGAUGAUAUUGGAAAAUGAAGCUAUCAGCUUCUUCAACCUUCCCCAACUUGAGAAAGAUAAAGCAUCUUCUUUUGGAUAUGGAAAUAAGAAGAUUGGUAAUAAUGGUGACAUGGGUUGGGUUGAGUAUCUCCUCUUUAGUUGUGCUUCCAUUAAUGAUCAUCAUCUUCAAGCAUCCUCACUCAUCUCCAAAGAAAAUCAGGAAAUUUUCAGGACUGAAUUGGAUGAGUAUAUAUCAUCAUCAAAAGAAGUGUGCUGUCAUGUUUUGAAUACAAUAGCAGAAGGGCUGAAGAUUGAUCCAACAAAUUCAAUAUCAGAGUUUAUUAAGGAAAAAGGAAGUGAUACCAUUUUCAGAAUUAACCAUUACCCUCCAUCUUCAGAGCUCAUCAAUGGCAAAAACGUGGUGGGAUUUGGAGAACACACAGACCCACAAAUCAUAUCCCUCUUGAGAUCAAACAACAUAACAGGUCUAGAAAUCUGCCUAAAAAAUGGUGAUUGGGUCUCCAUCAAUCCAGAUCCCAACUCUCUGUUUGUCGCAGUUGGUGACUGUUUGGAGGUGAUGAGCAAUGGAAGAUUCAAGAGUGUGAAGCAUAGAGUAACAGCUAACAGUGAGAGUUCAAGAAUUUCAAUGAUUUAUUUUGCAGGUCCAUCAAUGGGUAAAACAAUAGAACCAUUGGCCUCAUUAUUGGCAUCAGAAAGGAGUCUCUAUAAACACUUUAUUUGGAGUGACUAUAAGAAAUCUGCUUUCUCUUUAAGGUUGAAUGAGAAUAGGCUUUUAUCAUUCAAAAUUAUAUGA